AUGUUCUCCAGACUGUGUGAUAUAGUUAUUGCUAUGAUCAGCCUGAGCAGUGCAUCAUGGUUUACAACAUGGCAAGAACAAAUCAGAAGCCAAGCAGAGUGCAAGAUUCGUCGUGGAGGUGAAAAAUCAGUGUCAAAUAGUCUUGUGAAAGUUAUACACGAACGACGUAUUAACUGUGAACGUCUGAGACAUUUGAUGACGCUAGCCGUCAGUUAUGUUAAUAUGAACAUCUCAAGGGAGCCGUCUCUGGUAGCCUCCACUCUGCUACACGUGGAGGCUACACCACUCGUAGCCUCCACUCCGCUACACGUGGAGGCUACACCACUGGAAGCCUCCACUCUGCUACACGUGGAGGCUACACCACUCGUAGCCCCCACUCCGCUACACGUGGAGGCUACACCACUGGUAGCCUCCACUCUGCCACACGUGGAGGCUACACCACUCGUAGCCUCCACUCCGCUACACGUAGAGGCUACACCACUGGUAGCCUCCACUCUGCUACACGUGGAGGCUACACCACUCGUAGCCUCCACUCCGCUACACGUGGAGGCUACACCACUGGUAGCCUCCACUCCGCUACACGUGGAGGCUACACCACUGGCAGCCUCCACUCUGCUACACGUGGAGGCUACACAACUCGAAGCCUCCACUCCGCUACACGUAGAGGCUACACCACUGGUAGCCUCCACUCUGCUACACGUGGAGGCUACACCACUGGCAGCCUCCACUCUGCUACACGUGGGGGCUACACCACUGGAAGCCUCCACUCCGCUACACGUCGAGGCUACAUCACUGGAAGCCUCCACUCCGCUACACGUGGAGGCUACACCACUGGAAGCCUCCACUCCGCUACACGUGGAGGCUACACCACUGGAAGCCUCCACUCCGCUACACGUCGAGGCUACACCACUGGAAGCCUCCACUCCGCUACACGUCGAGGCUACACCACUGGAAGCCUCCACUCCGCUACACGUGGAGGCUACACCACUGGAAGCCUUCACUCCGCUACACGUGGAGGCUACACCACUGGAAGCCUCCACUCCGCUACACGUGGAGGCUACACCACUGGUAGCCUCCACUCCGCUACACGUGGAGGCUACACCACUGGCAGCCUCCACUCUGCUACACGUGGAGGCUACACAACUGGAAGCCUCCACUCCGCUACACGUAGAGGCUACACCACUGGUAGCCUCCACUCUGCUACACGUGGAGGCUACACCACUGGCAGCCUCCACUCUGCUACACGUUGGGGCUACACCACUGGAAGCCUCCACUCCGCUACACGUCGAGGCUACACCACUGGAAGCCUCCACUCCGCUACACGUGGAGGCUACACCACUGGAAGCCUCCACUCCGCUACCUGUCGAGGCUACACCACUGGAAGCGGAAGCCUCCACUCCGCUACACGUCGAGGCUACACCACUGGAAGCCUCCACUCCGCUACACGUGGAGGCUACACCACUGGAAGCCUUCACUCCGCUACACGUGGAGGCUACACCACUGGAAGCCUCCACUCCGCUACACGUGGAGGCUACACCACUGGAAGCCUCCACUCCGCUACACGUGGAGGCUACACCACUGGAAGCCUCCACUCCGCUACACGUGGAGGCUACACCACUGGCAGCCUCCACUCCGCUACACGUGGAGGCUACACCACUGGAAGCCUCCACUCCGCUACACGUGGAGGCUACACCACUGGCAGCCUCCACUCUGCUACACGUGGAGGCUACAUCACUGGAAGCCUCCACUCCGCUACACGUGGAGGCUACACCACUGGCAGCCUCCACUCCGCUACACGUGGAGGCUACACCACUGGCAGCCUCCACUCCGCUACACGUGGAGGCUACACCACUGGAAGCCUCCACUUCUCUACACGUGGAGGCACGUUGCCGUGUAAGACCAAAUUACCUGAGCCGAUAA